AUGACUCUUCUCCAAUCAAGAGCUUCCCCAGAAUGCAUCCUCGUCGGCGAGACCAGAUCAGACAUUGCCGGCAUCGGUAUCAUCGUCGGCUUCGUCGGCCAGGCCGUGAUAUCCCUCUGCCUCGCCGUCUGGGCCUUCUUCUUCUCCAAGCACGGCUCCUUCUUCCACGGCGGCCACGCGCCCGAGAGCAUCGAGUUCGCCAUUGAGCAGAAGCGCCUCGAGUGCGUGUCCGACAUCCUCAUGGUCGGCAACGACAUCCAGAUGGUCGUCGGCACGUCGUACAUGAUCUCGGCCUUUUCCAACAUUGAGAAGAUGGAUACGUAUCAUCUGCAUCUGGUGUUUGACAUUGUCAGCUUCGUUGGUCAACUCAGAGUCUCAAGCGCCGCCGCCCUCGUCUGCUGGACCUACUGCGACGUCCGCCUCCACCGCUCCUCUCACGCCCACGACUGGGCCCAUCAUCUCUUCGAGCGGCACUUCGCCUGUUUCCGCUCCCCCCAUUUCACGCCUCGCCACCGCGCAACAUACCUCUUCGCCUCGCUCUAUCUCGUCCUCACCAUCUUGCUCUGCGUCGCCCUCGAUGACUGGGCCCUCGACCAGCGCCCAGGCCGCUGCUACUUCUCGCACCUCGUCACCAGCUCCGGCGCACCUCAUCCGAUGAGCGACAAAGUCUACGUCUCGUUUACUGCUUCUUGGAUGAUCCUCGUCAUGAUGGCCGCUGCCUUGUCCGGUGCUCGCUGGCGGCAUACCAUCCUUGUCCUUGCAUUCUUGCAGUUCCCCGUCCACUUAUACAUGGCGCUGGCUUUGCGGUCUGCUAACCAGGGCAAGUUGGAAGGAGACGGAUAUGAAAAUGAGUGGGAUUUCGGCCAGACUACCGCUGUGAUAUUGUUGGCUGUGGCGGCGAGGGAAGUCUUCGACAAGAGCCUCGAGUAUUUCUUCUUCGAGAAGGACUUGAAGAAGAGCAGGGCCCUAUCUAACAGGAAUGAUAAACGGAAUGGGCAUGACGGGUCUUCUGAUGGCCAUCAGUUGAAUGGAAUAGCCAGUGCUGAAGAAGGGCAUACCUUUUACAACACCAGCAGCGCGUUAUAUGGGGAGCGACUGGGAGAGAGAUCGUCACUUGCAAAAACGGCGUCGAAAGCGACCAAUUCGGGGGAUUCCAAGAUGGAGGAAAGGGAUGGAUUUCCUCGGCAUGAUAGCAGAUCAUAUUGA